AUGUCGUCGGCCGUGAUGGAACAUAAGGAUGAGGUUGAUAGGACUGAGAAGUCCGACGUCCUUCAUUCUGAAGACUUCACCAAGCCAGAUCUCAUGAAUGAUGCCUUCGAUGGUGAGAACCGUGAGCACGAGAUGGGUGUCUGGGAGGCUGCCAAGUCUCAUCCAUGGGCAUGUCUCUGGGCCUUCACCAUGUGUUUUACAAUUGUUAUGGAGUCUUUCGACAUGUUCUUGAACAGCAACUUUGUCGCACAAAAGACUUUCCAAAGGACGUAUGGUGUGCUCACUGACGCCGCUACGGAUACCUAUGCGAUCCCAACGAAAUGGCAGAGUUCCUUAUUCCAAGCAGGACAAUGCGGUGCUUUCGUCGGUGUCUUCUUAGCCGGCCCUAUUACAAACCGUAUCGGCUACCGCUGGACUACAAUCUUGGGCCUAGUUCUUAUGAAUGCUACAAUUUUCAUAUCAUUCUUUGCUGACUCUCUCACCGUCCUCGUGAUUGGUCAAGCAUUCGAGGGUGUCCCUUGGGGUUUAUUCAUUGCAAACUCUCCUGCCUAUGCUAGCGAGAUUGUUCCUCUGCCCCUCCGAAGUGCUGUUACGGCUACGUUACAAAUGAGCUGGUCUAUCGGUCAGAUUAUCGUCUCCGGUGCCACCUAUGCAACCAAUAAAAGGACUGAUCAUUGGGCUUGGCGACUGCCUCUUGCCUUACAGUGGCUCUUUCCUACACCACUCCUAGUACUUGUAUUCCUCGCCCCAGAGUCUCCCUGGUGGCUAAUUCGUCGAGGACGGAAAGAAGAAGCUUUCCGCUCCGUUGAGCGUCUUGGUUCAAAAUUAGAGGCUGCACCACAGUCAUUUGCUAUGAUAGAGCGAACCGUUAAGAUUGAAGAGCAACUGGGCGGUGCUCCUACUCUCCUUGACCUCUUCAAGGGUACCGACUUGAGGCGAACAACUAUUAUUUGCCUAAUCUACGCUUCCCAGAACUUCGCUGGUAAUCUCAUUGCCAAUCAAGCUACAUUUUUCUUCGAACAGGCCGGUAUCUCCUCGGACGGCGCUUUUAAACUCAGCCUAGUCAACUCGUGUCUCCAAUUCGUUGCCAACGCAUGCUCUUGGUUUCUUAGCUCCUGGUUCGGCCGUCGAACCAUCUACCUCUACGGUACAGCCGUCAAUGUCACUUUGCUCAUGAUACUCGGCAUUGUCGCUUCAAUUCCACAGAAUAACAACACCAAUCUCACCCAGGCUGCGCUAGGCAUUCUAAUUUCCUUCGUCUUUGCCGGUACUAUGGGUCCCAUUUCAUACACUAUCGUCGCCGAGACAUCUUCGGUCCGUCUUCGUGCUUUGAGUACCGGUGUCGGUCGUGCUGCUUACUAUGUCGCUGAGAUUCCUAUGAUCUAUCUUUCUUCCAGGAUGCUUAACACUACUGGAUGGAACUUGGCAGGAAAGUGUGGUUAUGUCUGGGGAGGUACCGCAGCUUUUUGUUGGGUGAUGGCCUACUUCUUCCUUCCAGAGCUAAAGCACCGUUCUUACCGUGAGAGCGAUAUCUUGUUCAAACGCAAAGUUUCCGCCCGGAAGUUCAAGUCGACCGUUAUCGGCGUUCAAGAAAACGAGUAA